AUGGCCCCCCCACCCCCCGCCAGGGGGUACCUACUGGGUACCCUCAGCAAGACGUCUGAGGGUACCCAUGCUCCAUCACUAGAUGCUCGAAUUCAGUUGGACUCUGAGCUACUCAGCGAGGUCUGCGAGCGAAACUGCCAUCCCGAAUUUUGCCAUGCCCAGACGCUCUGUCCUUCGCUUCCCAUCAUUCUGUACAACAAGAUCGUGGUCCACUCCGCUACUGCCUCCCCCAGCCGCAUUCUCCGAAACCUCACCAAACACCAGUACGUCCGCGAAACCGAGCUGGACAAGAUGAAAGUCAAGUAUCCGGACUUCCCUUCCUGGGAUAAGAAACUGACCAUCCACGAUUUUUUGACCCUUGGCCAUAUCGUCUUUGCGCACAUCUGCUGGUCCUCGGAUCCCUGCACUUCCAUGGGUCGGGAUGAUUCCAUCGACUUCCGCCGCGGCAUUUGGGCUGGCGACCGGUUUGACAUCAUUCCUGAUUCAGAUGAGGAGUGGGUGAAAGAGCUGCAGCAGGAGACGUCACGGUGGAAGGAUGUCAGCAGAGACACGGUUGAUGAGCUCGAGCGCAUCUUCGUAUGGGCGUGUCUGGAGUGA